AUGAGACAGAAAGAAGAGUCAAGAAAAAUGGAAGGAACAUCAAGGAAUGAAGAAGAGGCAGAAGAGGUAACUACAAAUGAGAAGAUUACCACUUUUUAUCUUUAUCAUCCAUGUUCUCUACUCCAAAAAUUCCUUGGAACUUUCUUCAAAUGUUUUGGCUUUGAAAUUGAAACCAACCAAAAAGAACAUGAGGUAAAGUCUCAUUCAGAUCAUACAGAAGAGGAUCUUGGAAGUGAAGAAAAUAAAGCAAGAAAUGAACAUGAAAGUUCCCAAAAUGAAUGUUCAACAAGCACUACUCAAAGUUUUCAGUUUAUGAGUACUUUGAUAGUUAGGCGUGGUGGACCACGAAGAUCAGAUCUUAGUAGAGGAUCAGGUCCUGGGAUUAAUUAA